GUACAGGAGAAAGGAGGAGUUGGUUGCUCCGUGCCUGGUCUAGUAUUACCCACUGCAGAAGGGACAGGGAGGGGAAAGCCAAUCGCUUGCAAAAAUGAAUGUGGUCUUUGCAGUGAAGCAAUAUGUGUCCAAGAUGAUUGAAGACAGCGGGCCUGGGAUGAAGGUCCUCCUGAUGGAUAAAGAAACGACCAGUAUCGUGAGCAUGGUGUAUACGCAGUCAGAAAUCCUUCAGAAGGAAGUUUACCUCUUUGAGCGCAUCGAUUCUUUGAACAGAGAGACUAUGAAACACUUGAAAGCAAUCUGUUUUUUGCGACCGACAAAGGAGAACGUGGAAUACCUCAUUCAGGAGCUACGGAGGCCCAAGUACAGCAUCUAUUAUAUUUAUUUCAGUAACGUGAUCAGUAAGAGUGAUGUAAAGUCACUGGCUGAGGCUGACGAGCAGGAAGUUGUGGCGGAAAUUCAGGAGUUCUACGGAGAUUACAUUGCCGUGAAUCCACACGUGUUUUCCCUCAACCUCCUGGGCUGCUGCCAGGGUCGCAGCUGGGAUCUGGCCCAGCUGUCCAGAACAGCCCAAGGGCUGACUGCUUUGCUCCUGUCUCUGAAGAAGUGCCCCAUGAUUCGUUACCAGCUCUCCUCUGAGCCUGCAAAGAGGCUCGCUGAAUGCGUCAAGCAAGUGAUUACUAAAGAAUACGAGCUGUUUGAUUUCCGGCGCACCGAAGUUCCUCCGUUACUGCUUAUUCUGGACCGGUCUGAUGAUGCCAUCACCCCACUUCUGAACCAGUGGACGUACCAGGCCAUGGUCCAUGAGCUGCUGGGGAUUAACAACAACCGAAUCGACCUCUCUCGAGUACCCGGCAUCAGCAAAGAUCUCAGGGAGGUGGUUCUGUCUGCUGAGAAUGACGAGUUUUACGCCAACAACAUGUACCUGAACUUUGCAGAGAUCGGGAGCAAUAUCAAGAACCUAAUGGAGGAUUUCCAGCGGAGGAAACCGAAGGAGCAGCAGAAGCUGGAGUCCAUAGCGGACAUGAAGGCGUUUGUGGAGAACUACCCGCAGUUCAAGAAGAUGUCGGGCACGGUAUCGAAGCACGUGACUGUGGUGGGGGAGCUCUCCCGGCUGGCCAGCGAGCGGAACCUGCUGGAGGUGUCGGAGGUCGAGCAGGAACUGGCCUGCCAGAAUGACCACUCCAGUGCUCACCAGAACGUGCGGCGGCUCCUGCAGAAUCCCAAGGUGACCGAGUUCGAUGCCACGCGGCUGGUGAUGCUCUACGCCCUGCACUACGAGCGACACAGCAGCAACAGCCUGCCCGGCCUGAUGAUGGACCUCAAGAACAAAGGGGUUUCAGAGAAGUAUCGGAAGCUGGUGUCAGCGGUUGUGGAAUACGGUGGGAAGCGGGUCCGGGGCAGCGAUCUCUUCAGCCCCAAGGAUGCUGUCGCCAUCACCAAGCAGUUCCUCAAAGGACUGAAGGGCGUUGAGAACGUGUAUACGCAGCAUCAGCCCUUCCUGCACGAGACUCUAGAUCAGCUCAUCAAAGGAAAACUUAAGGAUGGCCAGUACCCCUACCUGGGUCCCAGCACGCUCCGGGACAGGCCUCAAGAUAUUAUUGUGUUUAUCAUUGGAGGAGCAACCUAUGAAGAGGCGUUAACUGUGUAUAACCUUAACCGCAGCACCCCUGGGGUCCGGAUCGUAUUGGGCGGGACCACCAUCCACAACACGAAAAGCUUCCUCGAGGAAAUUUCAGCCUCUGGGUUCCGCGGCCGGGGCGCCGAGAGCUCUCAAAUUACAGUGAGAGCGAGCAGCAGGCGGUGAACGCGGGGGGCCGCCGCCGCUUCCCAUCUGGAGCUCCCACAGACUGACCAGGCGGUGGCAGAGCAGUGUUGGGCGCUCCCGCGGUCCAUC